CCCCACUGGCCCUAAAGAAAGCUACUGCUGCAAAAUCCCAGACCUGCGUCGCCGAUAAUACUCUUCGAAAUUUAUAACCCCACCUACCACCAACCCUUUGUCUCCUGUUGCAACCACUGAAUUCGGCUCUGCAUACAAUCCUCCCCUUCAUUUCCAUCAUCCGCGCCUCAGUUAGAUGUCCGUCGACACCUCCCUCCCUUCUUUCAACGUGUCGGACUCGUACGCCCGCUUCGUCAGUGUCUCAUGCCUGGACCUCCUUCUCAUAGAACUAGUGCCAAUGGCUGAGAGACUAGCGGAAGAGCUAUCUGGCAUGGAAGGAAACUUAGACGAAGAAGAGCAUCGCGAAGCUACCUUUUAUAGAUUAGAGGCGUUAGGGUUUCGUGUUGGGCAAGGGUUGGCUGAGAGAUUUUCACGAGACAGACCCCGAUUUACAGAUAAUCUUGACGUGAUAAAAUUCCUUUGCAAAGAUUUCUGGACGAUUUUAUUCCGGAAACAGAUUGAUAAUCUCAAAACGAACCAUAGGGGUGUAUACGUCCUAACCGAUAAUACAUUCCGGCCUUUGAUACGAAUGAGUAUGUCAAAUCGGAACGAAGCCAUCGCAAAAGCCCAAUCAUACCUCUGGUUCCCCUGUGGCAUAAUCCGCGGCGGCCUGGCAAGCAUGGGCAUAAACGCUACUGUUCAAGCUGAGUCGUCGGACCUCCCCAGCGCGACUUUCCAGAUCAAGACGGUGCAGAUGGCGCAACCUUCGCUACAGCCACAGCAGCAAUUACAGCAGCCCAAAUCAUGAAUAUUUGAGAUAUCCCCUAACUUGAAAUAAAUAAAUACCCAUGUCCCGCGCUAUCUGCAUGGUUAUUGUUCAUUUGAAUAUAUCGCUUCGGAAUUAACAGGGCUUAUAUAUACAUAUUUGCGAAACAAGGGACUUAAUGAUAGUUAAUUUUUCCAUGGGUACUUGCGGACUUUCUCUAUCUUCUCUGACCUUUUUUUCCUCUUGCCCUUUUCCCCCCUCCUUCCUUGCUUCUUUUCCUCCUUGCUUGGACAAUGUUGGGGGAGGAUGGGAGGGAGGGAGGUGGUAGAGGAGGAGGAGAAGGUGGAGGCAGAAUGGCAUUUUUCAAGCACAUGUCGUUCUAUUCAUUUUCAUUUUGUAUCAAAGAUUCAUCAUUCUCCAUUUUCAGAUCUUAAGAAACCAUCAACCCAGCCCCAACAUGCUUGCUAACAAGGCUCUCACGUAUAGAAAAGAGGAGGAACGCUGAAUGGAUUUGUUUUUCCUCUUUGUUCCAUAUGCCGUCGUCUGAUCGCGACCUAUGUUGUAUGUUUGCGGACCCUCCUCCUGUGUAUUGACAUGUGUAUAUGAUGACCCUAAAGCCUAUCCGUAGGGAAAGGAGGUAGGUAAAUAAAAAUACCAAUUAGUAAAUGUG